CCGGCGCGGAACCGGGCUGCCAGCCGCGCGCGUGCCGGGAGCCAGCCGGGAGCCAGCCGGGCCGUCCGGAGCCGCGCGGCCGCAGCGGGGCUGCCAGGGCUCCCGCCGAGCUCGCACUCGCCUCUCCACGCCGCCGAGCCGAGCCGGGGACGGACGGACGGUCGGACGCGGGACGGACCUCCCCGUCACGUGCGCCCAAGUCCUCGGCUGGCGGGGCAGCGCCGUUCCCAUGGUUCAAGGAAGUUGAUGGAGACGGGGGGCGGAUGACAGCCGGCACGGUGGUGAUCACUGGGGGCAUCUUGGCGACUGUGAUUCUGCUCUGCAUCAUCGCGGUGCUGUGUUACUGCCGGCUCCAGUAUUACUGCUGCAAGCGGGAGGAGCUGGAGGACGAGGAGGAGGAGCCGGACUUCGCGGUGCACGCGCCCCUGCCCCCGCUGCGCCCCAGCCGCCACCUGCUGCUCGCCAACGGGCCCCUCCACGCCGCCGCCCUGCGCCCCAAGUCGCCGCCCGCGCGCGCCCUGUGCCGCAGCUGCUCCUACUACGAGCCGCCCAGCUUCUGCCUGCAGGAGCCCGAGGAGGACCUGCGCAACGGGGGCGGGCGCGUGGCCUUCCGCAGCCUCAGCCAGGAGGACCUGGGCGGCCUGCAGGCCCUGGACCCCGGCCGCCUGUCGGCCAUGCGCGAGGCCUUCUCCCGCAGCCGCAGCGUCAGCACCGACGUGUGA